AGGUCAAAAAUCCAGGGGCGAGUCGAGUCGAGUGGAGGCGGCUGGGGGUGUGCCAUGACCAUGAGCCCACGAGUCCACGAGCUGCAAACCUCGGCCGGCCGAGAAGAACGCCAGCGACGCCGCGCGCGCGCAGCAGCAGCAGACUUGACUUGUCCGCGCUCUCCCUCUCCCUCUCCCUCUCCCUCUCUGCAGCACAGGCGAGGCGACCUCGCGCUCGCUCGCCACUAGCGCCCUGCGCUGCGCUGCUCGCCUGGAUCGAGCUGCAGCAGCGACACGGCCGGCCAACCAACCAAGGGGCCGGAGCUGCCUAGCUAGCCAAGCUAAUGGGUGCCGCCGCCCGUGUCGUCCGUCUCCUCCCGCUGCUCGUGCUCCUCCUGGUCCUGGGCCUCGGCUGCAGCCGCAAUGGCGGCGGCGGCCGAUGCUCCUCGGCGCAGCCGCUGACGAUGAUGCUGCCGGAGCAAGAAGUUGAAGCACUCAAAGGUAUAGCCCGCAAGCUUAACAAAGCAGAUUGGGAUUUUAGUGUGAAUCCAUGCAGCGGAUCAGGAAAUUGGGCCAAUGUCACUGGUUUGCCUAGCAGUAAUGCGAAGUUUAGCAGUAAUGUGACAUGUGACUGUUCAUUCAACAACCACACCGAGUGCCAUGUUAUUAGCCUGGAGCUUAUGCGGCAGAACCUUAGUGGAGUUCUACCAGAUGAAGUUGUCAAUCUUACUUAUCUACAAAAUCUUGACUUGUCACGCAACUUCAUUCAAGGACCAAUUCCAGCUUCAUGGGCUGACCUACCUGUUUUUAAUCUGUCUCUCCAGGGAAAUCGCAUAUCUGGAUCCCUCCCGAAGGAGCUUGGACGCAUGCCCAAGUUGAAAUCUAUACAGUUAGAAGGCAAUCAGCUUGCGGGUUCUAUUCCACCAGAGCUGGGUAACAUCAUCAGUCUGCAGAGAUUUUUCAUUUCUGCGAAUAACAUCACAGGAGAGUUGCCCUCAACCUUUUCCAGGCUGACAAACAUGACAGAUUUUCGUGUUGAUGGGAACAGUAUCUCAGGGAAAAUACCUAGUUUCAUAAAGAACUGGCUGGGUGUCAACAGAAUCGAUAUGCAGGGUACCUUGAUGAGUGGCCCUAUUCCUCCAGAAAUUUCCAUGUUGAAGAACUUGACAGAAUUGAGGGUGACUGAUUUGAGUGGACCAAGAAUGAAAUUUCCUCCCUUACAAAAUGCACUACACCUUACGGAAGUGGUCUUAAGAAAUUGCUCCAUAUAUGGUGAAAUUCCUUCUUACCUUGGCCAAAUGCAGUACCUGAAAGUCUUGGAUUUGAGCUUCAACAAGUUGAGUGGUAAAGUUCCAAAUUUUGGAGCAAUGAUGGCAUUACAAUAUUUGUACCUGACUGAUAAUAUGCUGACUGGAGAUUUGCCUGCUUGGAUGUUGAAAAACAAGGCGAGCAAUAAAGUAAACAUGGAUAUAUCGUACAAUGACUUCACGGGCAACCCUCCAUCUGAAUGUCAGCAAGCAAAUGUAAAUAUGGUGUCAAGCUUUUCAUCUUCAAAUAACAAUUCAUUGCAACCAUGUUUAAGAAAGAAUCUUCCUUGCACGACCAGACCACGCCAUUCCUCCCUGUUCAUCAACUGUGGUGGAAAAAGUGUUGUGGUCGAUGGGAAUACCUAUGAGGAUGACUCGUCUCAAAUAGGGACAUCAAUGUUUUCUGUGUCUGAUGAUAAGAAAUGGGCAUAUAGUAGCACUGGUGAUUUUGUGGGCAACGAGAAUGCUGACUACAUUGCUAGAAACACGUCGAAGCUAAAUCUGGCUUACCCGGAGCUUUACACUGAAGCUCGCCUCUCACCUCUGUCACUGAAAUACUAUGGCCUUUGCAUGGAGAAUGGUGAAUAUACGGUAAAACUUCACUUUGCUGAAAUUGUGUUCACAGAAGAUCAUACUUAUUCCAGCAAUGGCAAGCGUGUUUUCGAUGUCUUCAUCCAGGGUGUCAAAGUUUUGGAGGAUUUUAACAUCAAAGACGAGAUUGGUGGUGUCCAUCGUGCGAUCAACAAAAGUUUUGCAACCAAGAUUAGCAGCAAUACACUGGAAAUCCACUUCUACUGGGGAGGCAAAGGCACCACAGCGAUACCUUACCGUGGCGUGUACGGUCCACUGAUCUCAGCUAUAUCAGUGACAAAGAUGGGCAGGAACCACCGUGGACUCUCAACUGGAGUGGUUGUUGCAAUAGUAAUAGCUGCGGCAUGCUUGGCUGUUAUAGUUCUGAUAGGUUUAUAUUUCAAAGUCUUCCGAAAGAAGAAUAUAAAAGGAAACAGUAGACAGUUCUUUUACCGAGGAAGGAAAACUACUACUUCAGAGCUUCAAACACGGGCACAGUAUUUCUUUAGUUUGGAAGAGAUCGAAUCUGCAACAAAACAUUUUGAUCCUGCAAAUAAAAUAGGUGAGGGUGGCUUUGGACCUGUUUACAAGGGCACACUAGCAAAUGGUACUAUAGUUGCAGUUAAAAAGCUGUCUUCAAAGUCAAGCCAAGGAAACCGCGAGUUUCUAAAUGAGAUAGGAAUAAUAUCUGCUCUAAGGCAUCCAAAUCUUGUGAGGCUCUUCGGUUGUUGUAUUGAUGGGGAUCAGCUUCUUCUUAUAUAUGAAUUCUUGGAAAAUAAUAGUCUUGGCCGUGCACUUUUUGGCCGCACUGAACAUCAGUUAAAAUUGGAUUGGCCAACAAGGUACAACAUCUGCCUUGGAACUGCGAAAGGCCUGGUCUAUCUCCAUGAAGAGUCUACAUUAAAAAUCGUCCACAGAGAUAUUAAGCCAUCAAAUAUUCUUCUUGAUGAAAAGAUGCAACCUAAAAUAUCGGAUUUUGGCUUGGCUAAACUGAAUGAUGAAUGCGGACGUGUGAGCACUCGGAUCGCUGGAACUGUUGGUUAUAUGGCUCCUGAAUAUGCCACAAGAGGUUGCUUGACACGUAAAGCAGACAUCUACAGUUAUGGAGUGGUGGCUCUAGAGAUUGUUAGUGGAAUGAGCAAUACAAAUAGCAUAUCAAAUGAAGAAUAUCUGCAUCUUCUUGAUUUGGCUGAAAGAUUGAAGCAGCAAGGGAAGCUGCUGGAAAUGGUGGACCAGCGUCUCGGUUCUGACUACUCCCAAGAACAGGCACUGAGGCUGCUGAAUGUUGCUCUCCUCUGUACAAGCACACAACCAACCCAGCGGCCAAGAAUGUCUUCAGUGGUGAAGAUGCUUCGUGGCGAGAUCCCCAUCGAGAUUGUACCUGCUGACGAUGAUCUAAGUGAAGAUCUACGACUCAACAUCGCUCAAUCCCAGCACUCAAUAAAUAACAGCCAAACAAAUUGGUCUGAAACGCCUUCAAGCGAUCCUUCUGUCUUGCCCAACAGCAGCAAGGACAGUGGCUACCUCCCAUCUUCGAGCUCCUUUUCUGUGAAGCUGUGAACUUCAGCAUCGAGAAUAGCUAGCCAGGUAGGUUGACGUUGUAUUGGUAAUCGGCAUUUUUGGGGGGCCCGAUGCUGCAGUUGUACAUAGGCAAAUAUUGGGUUUCAUGCUUGCAAUGCAAUUAUUUGAUGUCUCCUCUGGAUUGUCAAGUCACAUUCAAGAAUAUGGUCCACAACCCAUGGCAAUUGAUCACAGUACUGUCUCAACAUCAGCAAUAUUUCGGCUACCUCCUUAUUCUGUUGCUUUGGAUGUAGAAAAGUUAGAAUGACUUACAAUUUAGGACAGAUGGAGUAUAUCAUUAGAACAGUCCACUUGAGAAAUGUAAGCCAGAAAUAUUGUUUCAUAUAUGCAGAUCUUGGAGACAGUGCAAUACAUCUUUUUUCCUUUCGGUCAUCUUUAUAA